AUGUCAGGGUUCGAGAUCGCCGGCGUCAUCCUGGGCGCCUAUCCAAUCCUCAUGUCCGCGCUCAAAGGAUAUGGGGAGCUGGCCAGAAAAGUCGGGGUUUGGAACAACAUCCGCCAAGAAUACCAGAAAUGCAAAAACGAAAUCAACGCCCAGAACGUAGCCUUUAUUGGAAAUCUACGGCGGUUACUCCUCACUAUUCGAGUGGACGACGUGACGAUCUCUUGCCUUUUAGCCGACCCGGGAGGGCAGGAAUGGGGAAACGCGGAUCUGGCACAAUCGCUUGAGAAGUAUCUACAAGACUCACACGACGUAUUCCUGCACACUAUCGAAGAUAUGAAUCGCGUCAUGGUGGAGUUGAAACGGGAGAUAGUCAUCGAUGCGGAAAAUCUGCGACAGAGAGUGGAAGCGACCAGGUCAGCGGAGCUGUCGACUCGACUCAAAGAAGCUUUCAGGAAAUUCGGCACGACGAGGGACUACCAGUUGUACCGGAUGCAGUUUACCCUAGGAGAAACCACACGAAAGCGGCUUUUUGAUGAAAUUAAAAGUUAUAACGACCGACUUCGAAAUCUCCUUGAGACCACUAGUGCUAUGUCCCAAGCGCAGAAGUCUAGAGAUACAGCUAGAAAGGUUCGCGAAGACGCCUUAGUCUGUGGGCUUUGGAAACGUGCCGACCAACUGUACAGCGUUCUCUCCGAGGCUUGGAACUGUAACUGCCGGAAGCAUCACCAUGCACAUAUGAUGCUGCAGGACCGGCACCGACCGUCUCCUGAGCCGCAUUUCCGGCUCAUGCUGUGGUCCAGUUCGCCUCACCUGCCAUCCGACCAGACCCCUCAGCCUUUGUUCUGCCGUCCUGUUCGAGUCGAGAUCUCCAACGAGCUUAACAUAACCGGAACCGUGCCCAUCACAGUCGACGCAACAACCGCCUUACGCCCAGGCACAUCCCCAGCACACAGAACUGCCACACCGCUCCGGCCCAGUACGGCCUCCAGCAAGCAGCAGAAACAAUUCCUACGGGCAAGAGUACCACUAAUUACAACCACCUUGACUGAGAACAACCCGAACCCAAGAACGGAAGCCCAUGAAUUGGCACAGCGAGAGCAUCAGCAACAGGUUCCUCAAAUUUCAAGUCUCUGCAUCACACUCCGUCAAAAGCCGUCCCCCCCUACACGCUGCCACGGGUAUUUACUUGACGCGGUGGGCACCAAGCGGUAUUACCUACAUGCGAUCGACCAUGCAGCGGAUACGGAGAAUAGCACCCCUAGUAAUUCAAAUCCGAGCAAACCAACAGCCAUCACGCUCGAAACCAUCCUCCGUGAUUCGAAAACCCCAUUAACCCGACUGCAGCGGUUUUCUCUAGCCGUCACCGUCGCCUCGUCAUUCAUCCAAUUUGCCGGUACGCCAUGGCUCAAAUCCCGUUGGGCCAAAUCCGAUGUGGUGUUUUUCCCCGAUCCGGAUAACCCACGCGCCCCAGGUGUACUUCCCGAGCAGCCGUUUGUUAGCCGAGAUUUCCUCAUUGACAACUCUGCUCCUCAAAUGCCAGCUCCAGUCUCACCACAAAUCAGAGUCGCCGACCGGAUUAUCGACGGAUUGGAGUCCCUGGGUAUAGUCCUCCUAGAAUUGUGCUUUGGUAAGCCGAUCGAGCAGCACUCGUCCUGGCCGUCGAUAGCGCCAACCGGGUCGAGUCUUCUGGCGGCACUGGAGUGGUUAAAAGAAGUCGCCGAAGAGGCCGGGCCCGAGUAUGCCGAUGCCGUUGCGUGGUGUCUGAUCGGCGGUCGGACAAUCUCAACGGAUCGCGGGGACGGCUGGAGGGCGAUCAUGUCGGACCGUGUUGUCAAGCCGUUGGGACAGUGUCGAAGUUAUAUUGCGCCUGUGAGAUAG